UCUGAAGCAGGCAAUGUGUCAAACACCACGUGGAAGUGAAGGACUAUGUUGACUCGGAAAAAACGAGGAACAAAACAGUGUCAGCUUCGAUUCAAUGUAACUGUGCGAAAAACACUGAACACCGAAUUUGUAUUCAGAUGAAAACAGAAUGGCGAGCUGUGCCGUGGAAGGAGGGUGCCCCAGCGACUACGUUGCCAUUGCUAUAUCCAUCGUCUCCUUCGUUGUGCUUCUCUUAUGGUCAAUAUUUCCCUUCCUAGUUCACAAGGUUCCUCGUACCACAGGCAGUGGCUUCUGGAUACCAGUAAUUCAAGUUGUUGCCAGCUUCAACCUCCUUCUAUCACUUGUGAUGUCAUUUAAUAUCUUGAAAUUUGAAGAGAGGCAUUGGUGGCGGUCAUGCUAUGCGUGGGCAGUCUGGGGUGAAGGUCCACUAGGAUUUGGUUUGCUAUUGAGCUGUCGCAUAAUACAAGCCUCCCAAUUAUAUUUUAUCUUUGUCAAGAGGCGUUUACCUCUGAUCAGAUCAUAUUUUUUUCUUCCACUUAUUCUUCUUCCCUGGAUUGCUGGUGCUGCUGUUAUCCAGUUGAAGAAGGCUCUAAGCAAUCGCUGUCACAUGGGGGUUCAGUGGACCAUCCCAUUUGUAUGCCUUCAUACACUGUAUGUUGCCACUUUGGUUGGGGUUACAGCUGCUGUUCAUCAUAUAGAGUUCAGGUUUGAUGAACUCAGAGACCUUUGGCGAGGAAUACUUGUAUCAGCUGUGUCCAUCGUUGUGUGGGUUACUGCUUACAUACUGAAUGAAAUUCAUGACAAUAUCUCAUGGCUUCAAGUUGCCUCCAGAUUUCUGCUUUUAGUUUUGGCCAGCAUACUUGUACUGGCUUUCUUUUCAAUAUCAAGUUCACAACCACUGCUCUCGCAAAUCAGCUUGAGGAGAAGGGAGUCCAGAGAAUUUCGCACAAUGGGCCAGGCUCUAGGCAUACCUGAUAGUGGGGUAUUAGCACAAAGUGAACCAAUUUCAAGGGUAGAUCCGUCUGAACCAUUGGAUAAGCUUCUAUUGAACAAGAGAUUCAGGCAGUCUUUUAUGGCAUUUGCUGAUAGUUGCUUGGCUGGGGAGAGUGUGCACUUUUUUGAUGAAGUGCAUGAGCAUAGUAAAAUACCUGAAGAUGAUUGUGUGAGAAGGAUCUAUAUGGCACGGCAUAUUAUUGAGAAGUACAUAGUUGCAGGUGCAGCUAUGGAGGUGAACAUCUCUCAUAGAAGCAGACAAGAAAUUUUGUCAACUUCCAAUCUCGCACGCCCUGAUCUCUUCCAUAAUGCACUUAAUGAGAUUAUGCAGCUGAUGAAAACAAACUUGGCAAAAGAUUUUUGGUCAUCAUUGUUCUUCCUUAAGUUCCGGGAAGAAUCCAAUAUGAGAUCUAAUGGCUACGAGCUGGAGGAAAUGACAGGAUGGAACUUUUCUCCAAGGUUGAGUUCUGUGCAUGGUACAGAUGAUCCCUUUCACCAGGACCAUCUUCUGAAGAGCUCAAGCUGUUGCAACGACACUGACUCAUGACUUGGUAAGGCUGCGUAUAUCUUGGUCCUUCCCUAUACUCUGCACCUAACGGAAGCUUUAUAACACCAGACUGCCCUUAAUAUUAGAUUGGUGUUGCCUUUGCAAACCGGUUUUACUUUUGUCCUGUUUUCCUACAACAUAAAUGGUUAAUGUGUGAAGGUUGCAGGUUCGAUUCAUAUAAGGUAACACUGUCUACUAUAGACCCUUCCCAGUUCCCACGACUCUGGGCAGUGUGAGUUUUGUAGCACCGGAUUGCCUUAGUACAUAUAUGGUUAGUGCCCACAGAAGAUGAAUACCAAAGGAGAGUUGAGAGGUGUAAGGAAGAAGUAACUGUAUUUUUGUUUUCAUUGUUCUUACUUUUAGUCAAUAGUCAACAUCUGUACAGUUAGGCUAGGACCAUGGUUCAACUGAAUAGCUUCCUCAGUUAAGCGUACAAGAAAUUAAAAUGUUGUAUCAUUGAAUG